AUGGAUCCAAUCUCGGCUCUGAGCUUGGCGGCCGUGAUUCUACAAUUCAUCGACUUCUCCUCGAAGCUUGUCGCCGGGACGUAUGAAGUAUACAAUUCAGCCAGUGGCACCACUGUCGAGAAUGUCCACAUCACCACCAUCGUCACCGAUCUCCAGGCCGCAACGGGAGACAUGGAUGUUGAUAUCGUCGGAAACACGAAGCACGAGCGGGCACUCAAAGAUCUUGCGUCCAAGUGCAAUAAGUUGUCCGCAGAUGUUGUCGUGAUUCUGGAAGGGCUCCGGGUAUCUGAUAAAAACUCGGCAUGGAAGAGCUUGAAGGUGAAAUGGAGCAGCAUGCGAAAGAGCGGUCAGCUACAAAGUAUAGAGAGAAGACUGGACGAUGAUCAACAGUCUUCCGUUAAAACGCAACUCGAUCGCAUGCAGAGUGAGGGCGAAAGACUCGCUGCAGAAAGCGCUACACAGCUUUCGAGGGUUCGGAGCGAAAUCAUUGACGCCGUGGAGCGACUUAUGGCGGACCAAAACCAGAGCCAGCGAGAGGCUGUCACGAGGCGGUCGCCUGUCGAUGAGCACACUUAUACAAGACCAACCGAUUCAGUGUCGUCCGUGCCUACAAGAAGCGUUCAAGUCGGCGGGAACCUAGAGGAUGUCAAGUCGUUCCUGGAUGUUCUGGUCUCGAGAAUGACCUCGAUGCCAGCGGAGAAUCGAAUCCUCGAGCACUUACACUUCGCCUCAAUGUAUAGUCGAGAGGAUGCGAUACACGAUCCAGGUGAAGGGACGUUUGAGUGGUUUCUAGAGAGCGAAGAAGAGAGUGACAGUGGUCACGGUAUCAUAGGUAGCGUCAAUGAACAUUCCAACACACGACAGACGACAGAUGAUGACGCGACUGAUACAGAUGACGAGGAGGAUUCAGAGGUUAAUGACGAAGAAUAUGAUGAGCUUGAGAGCUGGAAAAUAUGGUCUUUCAAGGAGGAACAGACGAGACGAAAAGCGGCACGAUGCUCCUUCCUGACGUGGCUGAAGACAGGCAGUGGGAUAUUCCACAUCUCAGGGAAGGCAGGAUCGGGCAAGUCGACGCUGAUGAAAUUUCUCAGUUCCCAUCCGAGAACAGAGGAGGAACUCACCCACUGGGCAGGGCGCAAGAAGCUCGUCGUCGCCCGUUUCUUCUUCUGGAAGGCUGGCGACGAACUGCAGAGGUCAGUUCGGGGGUUGCAGAGGGCUCUUCUCUUUGAAGUCCUCAGGCAGUGCCCAGAUCUAAUACCUCAAGUCUUUCCAUCUCAAUGGGAUCUCUUCAAGCGUACGGCUGCUUCUGCGGGCACUGAUAGCACCCUAUUUCGUCCCGCCAACAUACAGGAAGCAUUUCGGCUCCUCAUUCAAUACACGAGGCUUCCAGCACACCGCUUCUGCUUUGUUAUAGACGGCCUGGACGAGUACGACGGUGAUAGUGUGGACCAUAUGCGUCUAGCGGAAGAUCUCAAGUCUUGGGCGAACGCUGAAGACAUCAAGAUAUGCGUCAGCUCCCGCCCUCAUGUUGAGUUCCAGAUGACUUUCACCGAUCGUCCCGAGCAACGCCUACAUCUCCAUGAGCUGACGAGUCACGACAUCUACAUCUAUAGUCGGCAAAUGCUGCGAUCAACUAUCAAGGCCCGACAAGAUGGCGACGACUGUCUGGCGCUAGUUGAAGACGUGGUUUACAUGUCGAAUGGUGUCUUCCUGUGGGCGUGGAUAGUCGUUCGCUCUUUGCGGUCACAAAUCCUUCGCGGUGACCCUAUAUCUGCAUUGAGAGAAACUCUUGAAACUACACCAAGAGAGCUCAAUGCACUGUACACGCAACUGUUGGAUUCUCUGGAGCCCCACGAUCAAAAAAGGGCCGCUCAUGUGCUACUUCUAGUGGCUAGCAAUCAAUGGUACCCUAAUUACACCUCCGUCGCAUUCUGGUGGCUCGACGAGCUUGAUCAUCCUGAUUUUCCGUCCCUCGAAGCGAUAUCGCCAUUUUCUCCUGAAGAAUUACAGGAGGUGAGGGAUAAUGUGGAACGCCGAGUGACAAGCAUCACAAAAGGAUUCUUAGAGCUCGUCCCAUACAUACCUUACAGGAACUAUUCAUACGACAGCGAGCUCCAAGACAAGGAUGGAAUGGUUGAGUUGAGCACCAUUAACGCGAAAAGGUUUGAAUUUUUCCACCGGUCUGCGCGGGAUUUCGUUUUGGAUCAUCCCAGGUUAGGACAGAUUGUCAAUGCCAACGACGCCGUCGCCCCCGACAGAUUGCUCAAACUGCGAAUUGCAGAGAUCUUAACCUACCCUGAGAAGUAUCGGCCCGAUCUUUGUGAAUAUCUCGAGCCUCAGAUUCAGCAAUCUCCUGUCCAACUGCCGGUGAUAUUGCUUGUAAAGUGUCGUCGUGUUCUUGAGCAAACUGCCAGAAAGCUUGGGAUCUCUCCAGAGCCUACUCAUCCUUCAGAUAGACGGCAUUUAUUCGAGUCGGGGCAUCCACUGCACUGGUCCUUUGUUCACUUUGCUGCGGCCCAUGGCCAAUCCGAAUACACAUUGCAGAGCGCAAAAGAAGAUCCCAAGCUGCUGGCAGGGAACACAGAUCUGAACUUGCUUGUGCAUCCCUCAACAACCAUCUCGUUUGCAGCACAAAGUUUGGAAGUGAUAAGCCCGUGCUUCGACCAGUUUGGCUCGUGGUCCUGA